AUGUGGGCAGUGGCGUAUCCAGAAGGCUCCACUCGCCCACCAACGCUGCAACCACAAGAACAGGUUGAGAAAUUUUACGAGACCCUUACAGAAGCAGUAAUGGGAGUGCCGGCUCACAAUUUCUUGAUGAUACUGGGCGACUUCAACGCUAGAAUGGGCCCUAAAGAUGCACCGUUCACUUAUCAUGAUGGUACGAACAGAAAAGGAGCACUGCUAGCCGAGUUCGUAUCGGGAAAGAUGUGGACCUCCCAAGACAGAGGCUUGGGGAUGAGGCUUCAACUAGACUACGUCCUUCUAAUGCGGAGCAAGUGGAGGAACAUCAUUCUGAAUUCUGAAUCGUGCUCGUCAUUCAAAUCCGUCGGCUCAGACCUCAGAGUAGUCUCCAUGAGAGUGCGUCUAAAUCUCAGAGUACCAAAGCCGAGCAGUAGGACUAGGUAUAACGGGAAGGAGUUCUCAUCCCGCCCUGAUAUUCAAAAACGCUACACGGUGGUGAUGCGCAACUACUACCACAGUUGA